GGCAGCCGGCGAAGGCGCCGCCAGCCUGCCAGUGAGUUCUGUGUCAGGAGCUGCUGGUGCAACUGCUGAAGCAAAGCGCUGCCAUGGGGCGAGUACAAGGAGGGAUGCGCUGUGUCAAGUUCCUGCUCUUUAUUUUCAACUUCAUCUUCUGGUUGGCAGGCUCUGCAGUUGUCGCAUUCGGCCUAUGGCUACGGUUUGGAGAGGUAGUAAGAGAUUUAACGACUGAGGAGAAGUCUCCAGAAUACUUUUACAUGGGACUCUAUGUGCUUGUGGGAGCAGGUAUACUUAUGAUGACAGUGGGAUUCUUUGGAUGUUGUGGAGCUGCCCGUGAAUCUCAGUGCCUCCUUGGAGCAUUCUUUACUUGCUUGCUGGUGAUUUUUGCUGCUGAAGUCACUGCUGGAGUUUUCGCUUUUAUUGGCAAGAAAGCGGCUGUUGAUGAAGUCCAAGCUAUUUAUAAUGAAGCUUAUGAAGACUAUUUAAAAGAUGCAGAGAAAGGCAACAAAACACUGAUCCAGUUCCACGAUGCGCUUCAGUGUUGUGGGAAAGAAACUGAUCUUCCAGUGAAAGCCACCUGUCCGAAAGACAUUCAAGAACACAAAAACUGCCUAGAUGAAAUCCAGAUUCUCAUUGAUUCAAAGCUUCAUUUAGUUGGCAUUGUUGGAAUCGCAAUUGCGGGAAUCACAAUCUUCGGCAUGAUCUUCAGCAUGGUGCUAUGCUGUGCAAUCCGAAAUACAAGAGACAUGCUCUAGGACUCUCGCUGCAUAACAUUACUUUCACACCAGGGAGUGGAGGGCUUCCAGACAGAACUCUGCAAGAAGCACUUGCCCUGUUCAGCUUAACAACUGUAAUCCAUUUUAAUUAGUGGUGUUAACCAACUGACAGAGGAAAGGGGAAGUUUGGUGAGCCUGAGUUUGCAUCAUUUGUGUUUCAAAUUUCAAGUCAAAAUCUGAGAAAAAUCUGUAACAAAGCCUUUUCCUUACAAAAAGGCAAUGGCAGCAUCUAAAACUAAAUUUAUUUUAAAUAUGAAAUUUGCACAUA